AUGGCUCGUUCAGAAGGCAGUCGGUGAGUAGGAGAUUGCCGCGGUGCCUCUGUAUGUGGAGCUCUUAGGGUGAUUCUCAGUGGGCAAAUCCCAAAACAAGGACUCAUAGACUCCAACAGAUGACUGGAGCCAGAUGAAUGCCAACAAAGUAGAGUAGCCUAGUUUAUGUACAAUCCCUGUAUCACCUAAACAGGUGAACACGAGGCAUGCUCAGAGUCCAAGGACACAGUGCAGCCAGGCCAAAAUACCUCUCUUGGGCUUGCCAAUCAGAAAGUUCAGUGGUUCGAAUCCCCACAACAGGGUGAGCUCCCGUUCCUCUGUCCCAGCUCCUGCAAACCUAGCAGUUCGAAAGCACACUAGUGCAAGUAGAUAAAUAGGUACCACUGUGGCAGGAAGGUAAACGGCGUUUCUGUGUGCUCUGGCUUCCAUCACUGUGUCCCUUUGCGCCAGAAGCCGUUUAGUCCUGCUGGCCACAUGACCCGGAAAGCUGUCUGUGGACAAAUGCCAGCUCCCUCAGCCUGAAAGCGAGAUGAGCGCCACAACUCCAUAGUCGCCUUUGACUGGGCUUAACCAUCCAGGGGUCCUUUACCUUUUUUGUGUGAUGAAUGUGGCCUGGGAGAGCUCUGAGGGCCAUCUGGAGAGGGCUGCAUAAUGUCUAUGGAAGAUCCGUUCCUCAAUCCAGACCAGGAUUCCGGAAUGCUUAGCCUGGGGAGCUAAAUUCAGCCCCCUAGGACUGAGAUUUCUCACUUCUGGUUUAUACAUACCCUCCAACAUUCCUCAGAUGAAAAUAGGGAUGUCCUAUUCAACAGCAGCAGCAGCAACAACAAUUGUAUUAUUUAUAUCCCGCCCAUCUGAUUGGGUUUCCCCAGCCACUCUGGGUGGCUUCCAACAUAUAUAAAAACAUAUUAAAAUUAAACAUUAAAAACCUUCCCUAUACAGGGCUGCAUUCAUAUGUCUUCUAAAGGUUGUAUAGUUACUUAUCUCCUUGGCUCGGGGGUCACAUAACUCCAGACCCUCUAACAUUUCUCCAAUGAAAAUAGGGAUGUCCUAAGGUAACCUAGGGACGUGGGUGGUGCUGUGGUCUAAACCACUGAGCCUCUUGGGCUUGCUGAUCAGAAGGUUGGCGGUUUGAAUCCCCGCAACGGGAUGAGCUCCCGUUUUGAGUGUUUUGCUUCCAGUUUGAGUGUCACACGUCCUUUUUGAGUGUUACAUUGAGGUCUAUCUGUUUUUGCCAUUUAUUUUGCGUUUUUGUUUUUGCGGCUCUCUUUUGUUGGUUUUUGUGACUGUGUGGAACCCAGUUCAGCUACCGAUUGAUUGAUUGUGUGACUGCUGCUCAUUGCUUAUUGCUUUCAUUUUAUGGAUCAGUGGUCUCAUCAGAUAGUAAAAUCCAUGUUAAAUUGGUGUUUUAGGGGUUGUUUUUAGAAGUCUGGGAGGAUUAAUCCAUUUUGCAUUACUUUCUAUGGGAAAGCACACCUUGGUUUUGGAACGCUUUGGUUUUGGAACGGACUUCCGGAACGGAUUAAGUUUGUGGACCAAGGUGCCACUGUAAUUCACAAUCCAUUCCUUCUGUUUUGUUCCCUGUCGGCUGUUGCUUUAUCACAUACCCUCAAAGAGCAAACGAGGUCACGCGUUCCCUUGCCUCCUUUUCUGCCCCCUCUAGGCUGAAUGUGUCACCCGAGGAGAAGGCCCCUCUGUCUCCGAGGUCGAAGACCUUCCUCGGCCUGCGUUCCAUCGCAAGCAAGAUCCUGGGGGCCCUGGAGCAGACGCUGCUCAUCUUGGCCGUGCUGGUCUACAGCAUCUUCCUGGCGGAGAUCAUGUUCCACGUUGUCGUCUCCCUCUCCAUCCCACUCGCCGUCUUGCACGACCGCAUGGUCCCUGCUUCCCUGGUCUUCAUGGAUGCCUUGGCUCCCGCCACAGAAGUCUUCUACAACGAAGUGCUUGGGGCCCUUCUGAUUUUCCUGGGUGCCUUGCUGCUGCCGCUGACCGCCGGCUGCUGCCUGCACCUCUUCCUGCUCCCCAGCUAUUUCAGGCUGCUGCGGCUGGCCUGGUGAGGAUGGCGGUCCUGAGAAUCCAGCUCAAUACAAGCAACAUGAACCAGCCGCGUGGUCUGAGCUCCUGCUUGCGUGGCGAGUUCCGCGCCCCCCCCAGUGGAAAUAAUGACACAUGACAUGAUUAUUAAGGUUAAUGGGCUAAAUAAGGCCACAACUUUAUUGGUUACAGGUGAUGAGCGGUAUUGCCUUAGGCAUUGGUCCUAACCGACUAUAUCCGGCUUCAGCCCGUCCGCUUGAAGUCUGGGAAGGGUUAACCACCAGUAGGGGGAGUCCUGCUGAUGCACAUCAACUAGGAACUCCCCCGGGGUCACUGCUAUGGGGCGUGCCUUAGGCCCUCACCUCCCCAGGCUUCAGACAUGGCCACGCCCCCCGGAAUCCAUUAACGGACUUCCCUUCAAUAUGCGGGGCAGGUGAUGGUGUUACCUCCCCUUUUCCACCUACAGAACAAUACCAAUGCCUAAUUGCCAAUACCAAGAAAGUUGUGACGAUUUGCUACCAGGUAGGCGAAAACCAGGGAUGCGGGUGGUGCUGUGGGUUAAACCACAGAGCCUAGGACUUGAUGAUCAGAAGGUUGCAGGCUGCUAAAGCUUUUGUCCUGUUUAACCCACUUGCAAAGCACCCUCCUCUCUCUACUCCUCUUGCAGCGAACAGACUACACACUGCUAAAUAAGUUUAGACGCUUUACUUACAAAUUCAAAGGUCAGAUUCAUGCAUUUAUUCAAGCAGCAGCAAGGAGAACACAGGCAGAAUACUCUUGGAUAGGAAAUACAGCAACAUAGCUUCAAACACAUGCUCUGGGCUUGCAGCUUGCUUAGACACAUCUUCCAUGGUCAGUUACAUGUUGUGGAGAUAGAGGGAAGAGAAGGUUUCACUUCCACCUACUUUGGAGAAGAGGGGGUUGACCUAGCUGUGUCUAGGAAUCUCACUCUGUGGUCUUAACUCCUUCAUGCACUAACUAGUACUCAUACAUAGUUAUGUUUGGCCGCAAUUUCCCCAAAACAGUAGGAUGGACAUUCAACAAUGCCUGUUGCUCAACAGUGCAACAGGCUGCCUCAAAACAUAGUGGACUCUCUGUUUCAUUAGGGGUCUUUACAAGCAGAGGCUGGAUGCGUCAGGAAUUAGGGAUUAGCAGAUUUCCUACAACAAUCACCAGGAAACCAUGCUCAUGUUGGGACAACUUGGUACCGUAUUGGCCUUUUGGGCCUCAGAAUCACAUGGUUGCCUCAAGAAUGCAGCUGUGCUGACUUUGAAUCUUCUUAGGUUGGGUGGCAUCUUUCUGAAGGGCCGGCGACCCACAUGAGGCUUAUCACCAAAGCCUAAACCAUUGAACACCCACGUCCAGUGGCUUUCAGCACCAUCUCAAACGGCAGUGACACCGCGCUGCUGGACUUGCCUCCCAGUGCCCUUUCCUCACUUCCUGCCAGCCUGGAGUCAGCUGGGCCUUCCAUUAAGACCACACCCAUUUGUGACAUCACCGGAAGGAAGCAUGACAGGGUGACAGAGGUGCCAUGCUCACACAGCCCUGGCAGCGGCCCAAGGCUGUUGAGGAACCAUGGCAGGAGAGAGGGCUCCACUCAUUUGGAAGACGGACAGAGGUCGGGCGUGAGGUCAGGCAGGCAGGCCAAUGGGACAGAGGGCAAGGUGCAGAUGGUGCGAGGAACAAGGUGGGUCCACUUCACUGCAUCGGGCAAGUCAGGUUAGAAGCAGGAAGGAUCCUUCUCACCUGUUUGCCUUUCGCUCUCUAGCAUUGUUGCCACUCCCCGGUCCCCGAGUCCUGGGACUUCACAGAGUAAUAACAACAACAACAACAACAACAAUAAUUGUAGGGAUAAUAAUAAUUGUAGGGAUGAUCGCUGGGUGCGGAGCACACUCCCUGCCCACAGGCAACCUCAGCUGUGUGCAUGCGCGACCUUGGGAUGUGGGGCACACUCCCCCUCACAGAUAAAGCCACAGCUUUCUGAACAUCUUGCCCUCUGUCUAACCUUUUGCGUUCUCAGUAGUCUGUGGUGUCCUGUCUGUAACCUUUGUCUCUGAGACCUUUGUCUCAGGUGGAAACAGGUGCCAAAAUAGCUUUGUACCACCCCACGAUCUCGGGACUGGCAGACUUGUAAAGGCCACAGCCCAAAAUGUAUCUGCCUGGGUUUGCAUAUUGUGUCAAUAAAAGGAGCCUCCACAGAGCUGGCCGGCAGCUUGCUUGCAGCUCACUUGCGCGCAGCUCACCUGCAUUAUCAACUCCUGCCUCAUGUCCUUCACUUCAAUAAUAAUAAUAAAUUUUAUUUAUACCCCACCCUCCCUGGCCAGAGCCGGGCUCAGGACGGCUAACAUAUUUGCAUAUUGUGUCAAUAAAAGCAGCCUCCAUAGAGCUGGCCGGCAGCUUGCUUGCAGCUCACUUGCGCGCAGCUCACCUGCAUUAUCAACUCCUGCCUCAUGUCCUUCACUUCAAUAAUAAUAAUAAUAAAUUUUAUUUAUACCCCGACCUCCCCAGCCAGAGCCGGGCUCAGGGCGGCUAACACCAAUAAAAUCACAGUAAAAACAUAAUAGGGGGGAAAGAGAGGGGGAAAAAAACCCCCAAUUUAAAAUACAGGUUAAAAUGCAAUUUAAAAUGCAGUCUCAGUUUAAAGUAGCCGAUAAAUCAAGACCAUAAGGGGAGGGAAACAUAAGGGUCAGACUGAGUCUAAACCAAAGGCCAGGCAGAACAGCUCUGUCUUGCAGGCCCUGCGGAAAGAUGUCAAGUCCUUCAGGGCCCUAGUCUCUUGUGACAGAGCGUUCCACCGAGUCGGGGCCAGUGCUGAAAAGGCCCUGGACCUAAUUGAAACCAAUCUAACCACCUUGCGACUUGGGACCUCCAAAAUGUUGUCAUUUGUGGACCUUAAGGUCCUCCACGGGGCAUACCAGGAGAGGCGGUCCCGUAGGUACAUGGGUCCUAGGCCACAUAGGACUUUAAAGGUCAAAACCUUUAGCCAUAGCAUUGUAGGUACUCCCAGGAGCCAUCUAGUCCAAACCCCUGCAGUGCAGGAAUCCCAGCUGAAGAACUCCUGACAAAUGGCCACUUUCCCCUGCGGUUUAGCGCUGAAUUGGAACAAAUGGCCGUUGGGUGGACAAGCCCUUUCAGAAAGUUGGCUUGACUCAAAGAAUCAGGCAGGAGAUGCCUUGCCCAGUGCUUGUUAUUAUUACCUGGUUUGGGGAAUCUUCUCUAUCUGGCUAAAUUACUGCCUGGGAGACAGGUGUGGAGAACCUUUGGCACCUGCAGAGGUAGCUGACCCACACCUCCAGGUGUUGCUAAGCUCAUCUCUAAACUACAACUCUAAACACAUUGGGGAUGAUGGGAGUUGUAGUUCAGCAACAUCUGUUUGGCCAGAGUCUCCCCACCCCUGCCUCGCAGGUUCUCGAGCAGAGAUACACAAUCUCUCCUUCCUCAUAGGCUUUUAAGCAGUGGUUGGAUGGUCAUCUAUCAUGAAUGCUUCAGUUGAGAUUCCUGCAUUGCAGGGGGUUGGGCUGGAUUACCCCCGGGUCCCUUCCAGCUCUGCAAUUCUAUGAUUCAAUGAAUAAUGAUCAGAAAGAAAAGGGGAGGCGAUGAAGGACUGGAGAUUUAUGGCUUUUCAGUGGUGGUGAUGAACCAAGGACUUAUUGGAAGAGGUGUCGUGAUCAGGGGGCGAAUAAAGGCGUCAUGACACCUGGGGCGGGGUGUCGCUACAUAGGGUACAUAUGCGGCGCCGCUAUGUACGACGCAUGCGCUGUACGUAGUGAUGCUGCACAUGAGCUGUACAUAGCGGUUUGCCGGCACCGGCGCUCCAGUGCCGUAUGGAUGGUGCUAGGAUCCUCUGCUUGCAGCUGUAGCAGUAAAGGAGGGCACUGGAGCACCGCCGCCAGCAGACCGCUAUGUACAGCGCAUGUGCAUUGUCGUUUGUACAGUGCAUGCAUGCGAUGCCGCACAUGUGCUGUAUGUAGCAGUUUGCUGCCAGCGUUGGGAUCCUGUGCUUGCGGAUGCAGCCGUGAACAGAGGAUCCUUCAUAUGUGGCUGGGGUGGUGUGAUGGCUGCUUGCGCCGCCGCGAGCCCCCGUGGCGUGCCUUCUUGUCAACCCCCAAACAUAGCACCUGGGGCGCACUGCCCCCCGCCCCCUGUUGCGAUGCCACUGGUCGUGAUCUGGGGUCAUAGGGGGUUGAAGACCCGCUCCUGUUUCUACAGCAGGCUUCCUAAUUCCAGGGUUCUAGAGCCACCCAUUCAGCAAGAAAGGGGAUUUUCUUUAGCCACUGAGAGAAAGCAUUCUCACCCCUUGUGCUGAUGGGAGCCAAUCAGAGUGAAAGGAGGUGAGUCGGCCACUGAGGAUUGGCUCCUAGGGUCACGCUGGAGAAAGUGUUUGGGACGAACACUGAGUUGUUUUUCUGUAUGCUGCAAAGCCAAGGAUUGAGGAACACAAGGCACUUCCAUUACAAGAAAAAUGGUGCUCAAGUUCUGCUGUGUAUAGGAAAAUACAAGUCAAUUAGGAAAAACGAGAUUGGAGCACUCCAAAUCGUAUGUCCAUGUACAUGCAUGGAAAAUAGUGGCUCUAGCUGAAAGGUAACAUGUGGAGAUCUGUAGAGAUGGUUGCGUCUCUAAUUAUUACAGUCAUACCUCGGGUAACAGACGCUUCAGGUUGCGUUUUUUUCGGGUUACGGACCCGCCAAAACCUGGAAGUACUAGAACAGGUUACUUCCGGGUUUCGGGGAUCGCGCUUUGCGCAUGUGCAGAAGCGCCGAAUCGCAACCCACGUGUGCGCCGAUGCGCCACUGUGGGUUGCGAAUGCUGUGGUUUGCAAAUGUGCAUCCCAUACAGCUCACAUUCGCAAUGCGAGCUUUCACUGUAUUAUUGUAUAAUUAUGAGAUAUGGGUAUGAUCUUCGAAGCUCGUAUAAUUUUAGAAGGGGAUGUGGCUGUGGCUGUAAAGUAGAGCAGCCUUUCAUUCCUGAACUUACCACUGCUCUACUGCUUAUCGGUUGCAAAUGUUUGGAUUCUGUAACGUCAUUGCACAAGUAUAGAGACUGAUACAAGCCACAGGAUUCAGUAUCCAGAGAAUUCCAGAAUCAAGGCAUGUUUAAAUCCUAGGUGGAAUCUACACGCAUAUAAAAACCGUUCUGAAAAUGCUUUUAAAAAUAACAAUAAUAUUGAAUUUCCCAUAAGGCUCACUAUCACCAUCUAGUGCCACAUUGCAUAUUGCACUUAAAACACACCUGAAACGUUUUAUAUGCAGCUGUAUAGCUGAGGGAUGCGGGUGGCGCUGUGGGUAAAACCUCAGUGCCUAGGACUUGCCGAUCGCAUGGUCGGCGGUUCGAAUCCCCGCGGCGGGGUGAGCUCCCAUCUUUUGGUCCCAGCUCCUGCCCACCUAGCAGUUCGAAAGCACCCUUAAGUGCAAGUAGAUAAAUAGGUACCGCUUUAUAGCGGGAAGGUAAACGGUGUUUCCGUGUGCUGCGCUGGUGCUGGCUCGCCAGAGCAGCUUCGUCACGCUGGCCACGUGACCCGGAAGUGUCUCUGGACAGCGCUGGCCCCUGGCCUCUUAAGUGAGAUGGGCGCACAACCCUAGAGUCGGACACGACUGGCCCGUACGGGCGGGGGAACCUUUACCUUUACCUAGCUGAGUCCCUACCCUUCAUUUUGUUUAGAAUUUCAGGAUGGCGUCCAAUCAGUUAUAUCACCGCAAAAUGUAGACACGGCGGGAAGCGGAUGGGCAACGGUCUUUCCUCCAACCCAUGUUUCGUGCUCCCAUGAUCCUCCAGUCCUCUCUCUCCUCCCUUGCAGGGACGGUGCCACAGCUGAGGAGUCUCCACAGCCAACUGCCCACGCCGAGUGA